GUUUGACGUGGUUUGUGUAGCAAAGUCACUAUUCGGUGGGAAUACUAGAGCAAUACGAUAACAGAUGGGUACAAUAGGGGAUCUAAAUGCUUGCGAGGAAUGUCUGCCUGAAAUUAAGAAGUUGCUUAAGGAAUUUGCUGAGAAGAAAAGAGCUGACGCUGCUGCUUACACUGCUGAGUUGAAGCAAGACGAUGACGUUGAAGAAGGGAUGCAAGAAAUCCCUAUUAUUCAAAGUAGGAAAAGGACUGCAACAUCAUCAAGUGAUACUCCUACAACUGUCUCCAAGGCCAAGAAAGGCAAAAGCCUAGAAGGCCCGAUGGAUUUACUUACUUCUAGAAGUCCAGAAGAAACUCUUAAAUUAGGAAAGACCAAGAGGCAGACAAGUAUAAAUGAUGCUUGCCUUAAAGAAGCAAGGGCUAGAACGAUUCAGUAUAUAGCUCAAUUUUUAUAUACAAAUGGAAUACCUUUAAAUGUUGUGUGUUCGAGAAGCUUCAAGUUGAUGGUUGAAGCUAUUGGAAAUUAUGGUCCACACCUAAAGGUUCCAAGCUUAUACGAGACGAACGGUCCACUCCUAGAGAAGGAAAUGAAGCAAACAAAGGAAAUGUUGAGGGGUCAUAAGGAAGAAUGGUCGAAAUUUGGAUGUUCAAUUAUCUUAGAUGCAGAUAAGAAGGAUGGGACCUUGAUCAAUUUGAUGGUGAACUGUCCAUCUGGGACUAUGUAUGUGAAAAGUGUUGAUGCUUUUGCAUAUAUGAAGACUGAGAAUAAGCUAUUUCAGUUGUUGGAUGCUUUUGUGGAGGAGAUCGGGGAAGGGAAUGUUGUUCAAGUGAUAACUGAUAAUGGCAGCAACUAUGCCGUGGCUGGUAAAUUAUUACAAGUCAAAAGAAUGAAUCUUUAUUGGACUCCAUGUGCUGCACAUUGUGUGGACUUGAUGUUAGAAGAUAUUGAAAAGAUCCCUCGAGUUAAAAAGGCAGUACAAAGAGGCAUCGCUCUUGUAGGCUUUAUUCAUAACCAUUCAUUGGCAUUAAACAUGAUGAGGAAGUUCACAAACAAGAUGAAAUUGGUUAGACAUGGAGUCACAAGGUUUGCUACAACGUUUCUUACUUUUCAAAGGUUGCACAAACAAAAAAACAACCUUAGAAAGAUGUUUACUUCAGAUGAAUGGUUGAAAUCUAUGAGAUCUAAAGAUGCUAAGGGGAAAAUGGCAACUAACAUUGUACUCAUGCCUACGUUUUGGAAUGAUGUAGUUUAUUCUCUUAAAGCUAUAGGGCCUCUUGUGCAUGUUCUUAGGGUUGUUUAUAAUGAAAAAAAUCCUGCAAUGGGUUAUAUGUAUCAAGUAAUGCAUAGGGCUAAGGAAACUAUUCAAAGAUCCUUCAAUGGAAAGGAAGACAAAUACAAGGACAUUUUUGCUAUCAUUGACAAAAGAUGGGAGUGCCAACUUCAUCAUCCUUUGCAUGCAGCAUGCUAUUUUCUAAACCCAGAGUUCUUCUAUUGCAAUCGACAAAUUCAAUAUGAUUCAAAAGUGAUGACUGGACUUCAUCAGUGCAUUGAGAGGCUGAUACCAACUAACGAAGGGGUGGAUAGCAUUACAAAUGAAUUGUCAUUAUACAUGAGAGUUGGAGGCAUCUUUGGUUUUAAAGCGGCAAUAAGACAAAGGGCCACUUUGUCUCCUGCCGAGUGGUGGAGGAUGUAUGGAUCAUCUACUCCAAAUUUGCAAGCAUUUGCUAUUAAAGUGUUGAGCUUGACAUGUUGUGUACACGGAUGUGAGCGUAAUUGGAGUAUUUUUUAGAAUAUUCAUUUUAAGAAGAGAAGCAAGCUUGAGAAACAAAAGUUGGAAGACUUGGUUUUUAUUAAGUAUAACCAUGCUCUUAAAGAACGUUUUGAAAACUGUGGUAUGAUUGAUCCCAUUCUUCUAAACAACAUUGAUGAUAGUAAUGAGGGGCUGAUGGAAGAAAUGGGCGGAGAUGGAGAAAGUAAUAAAGAGGAUUUUGAUUUUUAUGAUGAUACUUCGACCUCGGGAGUUGCUGCUAAUGUAGUCGAGGCAGGUGAGCCUACACCAUUCACUAGGCAGCGAGCAAGAUUAAAGAAGAUAGCAACUUCAAGCUCUAGUACAAGGGAUAUUAUUGGAGAUGAAGAAGUGGCAAGUAAUGUAGAAAGUGAAGAGGAAGAGAUCUACAAGUAUAGUGAUAGUGAAGGCAAUACUGAUGAAGAGAACUUGGAAGAUCUUGUAGAUGAUGAUUUCGAUUGAGGAAUAAGGAGAAUUGUUGCUUCUUUUUUUAUGUGUUGAAUGUUUAGCUUCUGCCUUAAAGGCUUUAACCUAUUUAGGAUUUGG